AUAGAGGAUGGAAAUUCGGGAGCGGGUGGGCGGAAGCGGAAGUCGAGGUGGGCAGAUGACGAGCCAAAGCCGGUGAUCCAGCUGCCUGAUUUCAUCAAGGACUUCGCUGGAGGUAUUGAAUUCGAUCCCGAGAUCCAAUCUUUGAACAGUAGGUUGCUUGAGAUUAGUCGUAAGUUGCAAUCGGGUUUGCUAUUGGAUGAUCGGCCCGAGGGUGCUAGGUCGCCCUCCCCCGAACCUAUUUAUGAUAACAUGGGAGUCAGGAUUAAUACUAGGGAGUAUCGUGCUAGAGAGAAGUUGAAUAGGGAGAGGCAAGAGAUUAUAUCACAGAUUAUUAAGAAGAAUCCUGCGUUUAAGCCCCCUGCGGAUUAUAGGCCGCCUAAGCUUUAUAAGAAGCUAUACAUACCAAUGAAAGAGUAUCCGGGGUAUAAUUUUAUUGGGUUGAUUAUUGGUCCGAGAGGAAACACUCAGAAGAGGAUGGAAAGGGAGACUGGUGCCAAGAUUGUUAUCCGGGGCAAAGGGUCGGUGAAGGAAGGUAGGUUGCAGCAGAAAAGGGAUUUGAAGCCUGAUCCCUCAGAAAAUGAGGAUUUGCAUGUGCUGGUGGAGGCUGACACUCAGGAUGCUCUUGAUGCUGCUGCGGGUAUGGUUGAGAAACUCCUGCAGCCAGUUGACGAGGUUCUUAAUGAGCACAAGAGGCAGCAACUUAGGGAGCUUGCUGCGUUGAAUGGUACUAUUAGAGAUGAGGAGUAUUGUAGGUUGUGUGGGGAGCCUGGCCAUCGACAGUAUGCGUGUCCUUCUCGGACUUCAACUUUCAAGAGUGAUGUUUUGUGUAAGAUUUGCGGUGAUGGUGGGCAUCCUACUAUUGAUUGCCCGGUGAAGAAUACUACUGGCAAGAAAAUGGAUGAUGAGUAUCAGAACUUCCUGGCAGAACUUGGAGGAACUGGUCCAGAGUCUUCAAACAAGUCGAGCUCUGCAACGCUUGCACUUCCCGGGGGUUCAGGUAUGAAUCCUCCUUGGGCAAGUUCUACCGACUCAGUGAGUAACACCACACAAGCUAGUCUUGGAUCAACACUGAUCAAGCCAAAAGAAUUCGAUGAGACCAACUUAUACAUAGGUUAUUUGCCUCCCACUCUGGAGGAUGAUGGUUUGAUCAGUUUGUUUUCUCCCUUUGGUGAAAUUGUGAUGGCUAAAGUUAUAAAAGACCGCGUGUCUGGUUUGAGCAAGGGUUAUGGCUUUGUGAAGUAUGCGGAUGUUCAGCAGGCAAAUAAUGCGAUUGCAAGCAUGAAUGGACACAGGUUAGAUGGGAGAACAAUUGCUGUGCGAAUCGCGGGUAAACUACCUCAGCCCACAGUGCCUCCAGGUCCUCCUGCUCCACCUAUGUCAGCAUAUCCUACUCCAAAUCAGCCUAUCGGUGCCUACCCCUCCCAGCAGUACAAUGCUGGUGGUCCCAUUGGAAGUGCACCACCUGGCAUCUAUCCUGGGGCACCAGUUCCUUGGGGACCUCCGCCACCUCCUUCAUAUUCCCCGUAUCCUCCUCCACCACCAGGAUCGACAACGUACCCUCCAGUUCCAGGUCAAGCAGUUCAUCAAUAUGGAAUGCAAUAUCCUCCGCCUCCAAUGCCUCCAGGUUCCUCUGAUGUCCAGACUCAGGCUGUCUCUUCCACCGACUCACAGCAAAGUUACCCUCCAGGAGUACAAUCUCAGAGUAGUGCUCCUGUUCCAACUUAUGCCUAUGGAGUUUCUGUUUCUUCAAUGUUACUGCCAAAUCCCCAGGUUCCUUACCCAAUGCCUCCAUAUAGCUAUCCACCUCAUUAUGGUGCUGUUCCGCCACCCCCUCCUGCUGCACCUCAGUCUUCUGGGGACCCUUCUCAAGGCUUGAGUAAUAUUCCGUGGUCCUCGAAUCCAUCUGUGCCUCCUCCACCACCAUCGGCUGAGAAAAAUGACUACAGCACAGAUUCUGAAUAUGAGAAGUUCAUGGCAGAAAUGAAAUAAUGAGAGAAUUUUCCAAAGAUGGCUUUCUUGAUGAGGCUGUUUGUUGGAGCACUUCUCAUCCUGAUUUACUUGUUGGAAGUUUGUGACUCACAUAACCUUGCUGUACUGUUACAUUUGCAGAGAGUUUCCAUGAAGUGCAGCCAUUCAGCCGUGUGUUACAGGAUCAAUUCACAUAUUUGUCUGUUGAAAUCUCACCUUGUAGGAUCAUUUCUAUUCAGACGGAUAUAUCUGCAUUCAUAUUUUAGAGUGUCUGAAUUUCUUAUAUUUCCUAAGAUUAUAUGUUUGAAUUCUUUGUCUGUCUGCUGGGUCUAUAUCAACUAUCUAACAUUUGGUUGUGUUCUUAUCUACUUUGUCUCGUUCUAACGCCCUCUGGUUUUGAUGUGGUGUACCUAUUGCUUGCUGUUACUACUAUUUCUAGUGUUUGUAGCUCUCAACUGUGAAACCAGGGUGAUGCUUGUCUCUACUAAUCUAAAUCAAGGUGAGGUACACCUUGGAUUAUGAGGUCAGAUGGUAUGGCUAAUCUGAAUGUUUUCAUUCUGAACAUGUCUGAUCCGUUCUCUUCUAAUGCUUUCUGAUGCCUUUUCGUAGUUCAUGUAUGGCAGGUGGUGUCGUUGUGCUGGGAUAAUCAUUCAUGUGUUUGAGUUGGUCCUCGCCUAAUGCUUAUGAGUUUUUGCACUGAGUCUAGUCUUUUUGCUUUUUGACCUAUAGUAGAAAAGGAUAUAGCAUAAGUUGUUAGGUUGCUCGAUGGCUUGGAAUGUGAAUGGAUGUAGGACGAAGAUACCUGUGGUGCUAAAUGAAGAGGUGGUAGACAGAUUUGGUUAGAAGUUUGCGUUGCAUCUAAGAGGAAUAUCGGUCUCGAUUGUAUCGAAUGAUGUUUGUUUUGGUGUUAUUGACCGGAAAAUAAAGCUGAGAAAAGCUAAAUAAGAAGUCUAUUUUCUA